UCCUCCAAUCAAAUCUGACAUUCACUUAUUGUUAUUAGCUUUUAAUUUGUGGGUUAUAUAAUUCCUUUUUGGGAAUGGUUGAGCUAACAAUAGUUGGAAGAUUGGCUGAUGGGUUGCCUCUUGCACAAGGGCCCAGGUAUGUUAACAAAGACAAUGAAAACUUCAUAUUUUACAGGCAACAAGCUGAAUUCAUACUCAAAGAAAUUUCAAGAGGUGCCCUCACACCUUCUAAGAUGACCAUUCUUAUUGAUCACCACUCCUUCAACUACUUGGUUGAGAAUGGAGUCUGCUUCAUUACAUUGUGCGAUUCUUCAUAUCCAAGAAAGCUAGCUUUCUACUACCUGCAAGAUUUGCAAAAGGAGUUUGAGAAACUCGACAAUACUCUCAUUCACAAAAUUACAAGUCCUUAUACUUUUCACAAAUUCGAUGGUGUUAUUAGACACAUAAGGAAGCAAUAUGUUGAUACCAGAACACAGGCUAAUCUGUCAAAGUUGAAUGCUGAUAGACAGAAAGAUAUAGAUAUCGUUACUCAACACAUUUCUGAAAUCUGGGAAAGAAAACGAAAUUCCGAAACAACAGUAGCAACACAUCCAGCUGCCCCUACGAUAUGGGGUUCCCCACUACUUGAGGUGAUUGCACUGAAAUGGACACCCAUUACAAUUGUUGUUGCUGCUGCUUCUGUUCUUCUAUGGGCCAGCUUAAUCCUCACAGAAGACUUCAUCAUUUCAACUUUAUGACGUGCCUCAAACAAGCUGGAAUUGAAUUUUCCGGUUUACCAGCCAUAUUCUUCCUCAAGGACACAGGCAAAGGGCUAUAGUAUUUUCAGUUCAUUAGGCUCUUGCUGAUACUGAAUUUGAAGAUAUUAUAGUUUCAAAGAGAAUUCAUAACAUUCUGAAGUCCAUUGAUGGCAAAAUGCUAGUAUUGAUAAUCAGUAUUUUUCUUCCCUAAUGUUUAUAAAUGCAAUCAGUAUUAUAUAAUCU